AUGGAGAAAGACAUUACUUCGUUAAAUAGGACUCGUGGUGGAAUCAAGGCGCAAAUAACUAGACUAUUAGCGUCAAUAAAGGAUCAGCAGUUAGAGGAUGUUGAAAUAGAAGAAAUUGAAGUCAAGUUGGAUAAAGUGCAUAAAUUAAAUCAACAGUUUGAACUUUUAAGACAAGACUACUACAAAGUUGUGAAAAAAGAUGAAGAUUUAGUGGAAAUUGAAAAUAGCUUCGAGGAUAUCGACUCGGAUCUCCUAAAAUUGGAGUAUUUGUGUAACAUCUGCAAUGGUAAUCACAAUUAUCUCUUGCACAGACAUAGCAAACCUUCGAGCGAAGGAGAAAAUGUUACUCAUUCCGAAGCAAUUCCUUCGGAGCCGAGGACUGAUUUCUCCCCCAAAGAUGUGACCUUGGCCGAUUCACAGCGUACUUCCUCUGCCUGCUUACUUAUAAAAAAUAAAAGCGUUCUACUUCCAACUGCAAUAGUACUUAUUCAGAAUAUUUAUGGCCACUUCUCAAGAGCUAGAGUAAUACUUGACAGUGCUUCUCAGGCAAAUUUUGUAACAAAGCAGUUUGCUGACAAUGCUAAUUUGCGAAAACAAAAAAUAAAUACAUCGGUUUCUGGAUUGGGAGGAAUUUCUACUUCGAUUGAAUAUGAGGCUGUUGCUAAUAUCGCCAAUUGUAAUGGAUCUUUCUGCUUAUCACAAACCUUUUUUGUAAUAGAUAAAAUUACGGAUAUGGUUCCGGCAACAAAUGUUAAUUUAGAGAAUUUAGAAAUUCCACAGGUUAUGCUUGGUGAUCCGGAAUUUACACGGAGUUCCAAAAUCGAUGCCCUUUUGGGUGCUGAAACCUUCUUUGAAAUUGUUAAGGGUGAACAAAUACGUUCAUCUCUAAAUUCAUUAAUAUUUCAAAAUACUGUAUUUGGUUAUGUCGCUGGUGGCUAUGUAAAUGCAAAUAAUCAGGAGCCAUGUACUAAUUUAUGUACUUUAGUUUCUCGAAAUGAAAAUAUUGAAAAUGUAAUCGAAAAAUUCUGGUUAGUGGAAAAUAUUAGUGAAGAAAAUACUAUUCUUAGUAGUGAAGAAGAGUUUUGCGAGGCUCAUUUUAAAGAAACCCACACCAGAAAUAAGGAUGGUCGAUUCGUAGUUAAAAUGCCGAUGAAAGAAGGUUUGUUGGGUGAUUCUAAAGCCUUAGCCAACGUUAGACUUAACCAAACAGUUAAGCGAUUGCAUAAGAAUCCCAUGAUGAAAAAUUUAUAUAAGGAAUUUAUUGCAGAAUACGAAAGUUUGGGUCAUAUGGAAAAAGCGAAUAAUGACCUUUGUGAAGGAUCUUAUUAUUUGCCGCAUCAUGGAGUUUAUAAACCUGAAAACUCAACCACAAAAUUAAGGGUUGUAUUUAAUGCCAGUGCCCCUAGUACAUCGGGACAAAGUUUAAAUGAUUUGCUUCUUGCCGGUGCAGUGAAAGAAAAUAUUUUUGAAAUAAUGUCUAGAUUUCGGACUUAUAAAUACGCAUUUACGGCAGAUAUUAAAAAGAUGUACCGUCAAAUAUUAAUUGAUGAAUCGUAG